ACUCCCAGAAAUCCCAGUCAGUUUACCAGCUGUUAGGAUUACUGGGAGUUGAAGGCCAAAAUAUCUGGGGACUCCAACUUGAGAACUACUGUUCUAGGCCCGCCUCUCAACUCCUCCCAGUUCCACCUUCUGGUUGUCCCUCCCAGUUGCCACACUGAGCAUGUCCAAGAUUCUUCAGACUGAGUCCUAUUGUUUAUUGAGAAUUUGUGACUGUGUUAUCUUUAUCUGUUACUUCCCAAGCUGAAUUUAGCCUUGAUUUGAAUGAGUCCUGAAUGUCCCUUUGUUUGUGAUUGCUCACUCUUCACUUUUUCCUCUUCUCUUCUCCUGAUAUGUUGCCUGAACCAACAGCAAUCUAUUUCAAAAUGGCAAUUAAUACAGAUUUCAUUUUCUAACAAUUAAUAAAAAAAUAUGUUUCAGCAAGGGGCAACUUCAAUGUCAAAAAGGAAGAUGGAGGGAGCUGUUCUCCCCACCUUCUUCCUAGUCGCUCAGGGCCUUAUCUAUCCCAUUGAUGAGUGCAUGUAAUUGGGCAGUGGUGCCCAGUAUAAUCAAUGGGCAGUGGUGCCCAGUAUAAACAGUGGUCAGUGGUGCCCAGUAGCUAAGCCCCAAGUUUGGGACAGGGCAGAAUUCUAAGCAAUUUUCAUUCUUUCCAGGCUGAGAGAGGUUUGAAUUAAUCAUGGCUUCCACUGACCUAGCGUAAUCUCAGAUGACCCACGGCCACCCUCACGAGUCAGCAUUGCUUAAUUCAUGACUAAUGUGGACAUGCAGUUUUCAUUUUAGGCACAGCAUAGCGAAAUAGUAUGGGGUUCUGCUGCAGGAGAUGGACAAGGCAUUUUUAAAAGCACUUUGCAUCACAUUCCUGUUUGAAGAGUUUAAUGUGCAGUAAAAUUGCUUUUCCCUGAAAGCAAAUGCACUGGGGGAACAUAGCUGUGAUAUCAAAUCAUACAAGAGUGUAGGUUUUUUUGGGUUUUUUUUUUUUGAGCCAUUGUCUUAUAUGCAUGCUAAUUGAAAGUUCAUUUUCUAAAGGGAUGAUUUUUCCACAAUAACUAAUCCAAGUUGGCAGUGCAGAUUUCAUAAGAAAACAGGAUCCAUGAAAUACUCUCUCUCAUUCCCUGAAAGAUUGUACUUUAGUAUUGAAGUUAAUGCCCCCCACACUUUUUUCUUAUUUAGUGCGGGGCAACAAGAUAGUUACAGCAAUGUUAUAUUAUAAAUACCCAGUCAGACAACCCAUCAUCAUUUUUAUUUACUAUCAUUAGGCUAAAUUGGUUUCCUGGGAGAUGUCCUAGUUAAGUGGAUUUCCUGAUUAAGUGCAUCCCGCUUAACUGGAAUAGACUACCAGGACUGUUCACAGAUAUCCCUUGCUUGCGCUUCGUCCUCUUCUCUGUAUUUUAAAGUCAUUUUUGUCUCUUUCAGAGCUCUCACACACCAAUUAUUUUUUGGUGAUAUGGUGAGAAUGAAUGAAUGAAUUAUAUUUCCAAACUUGACUGUGUUUUGUUUCUAACAUUCCUCUUAGUAAGAAAUCUAUGGAAGGCAUGUGUAUAUGUUAUUGUUGAGAUGGUAACUCUGUGAUAUAAAUAAUAAUAUCAAAAUGGUAAAAAAGAGGAUGUCUUCAAAAUUAAAGCUUCGGGCCAAAAUAUGCUCAUUUUUGUGUAAAAUCCACUGAACUUUGUAAAAUUGGAGACUGGCUUUGUCUAGACAAGUUAUCUACUAUCUGUAGCCUUAUUCUGCCCCCUCCCCUUUUAUUGGUUUUUUUAUUGGUGUUGUUAUUUGUGGCAUCUAAUAAACAUGAACAUGAAACAGCUGUCCCCCUCCUGCUCUCCAAGUCUCCUGAAGGGCUGCUAUGUCGAUGUUAAAGCGUCCCAGCUCCCUUGCAAUGAUAGCAGUCCUGCGUUUGGGGCAUUCGCUGUCAGUGUUAUCCAACAGUGUCCGUACGUUCCAUUUUCCAAAGUUCAUUUCUCUUUUUUGGCCACAGAGUGGUGACCCCUCUGAACGAGGCAGUCCAGUCAGGGAUAACAGAGGCAGACUAUGUUUAGGGCACCUUUUCUAACCCCUUCCCUGUGUGGGGUGAGCAGAGCGGAUCCUAAAAAGGGCUGCUCAGUCAUGGAUACAGCUGCCGGACUACUCAACUGCCUCAGACCUUGAAGUAGAGCGACUGAGUCCAUAUCCACUACCCAUGUGCCAGUCUGUGACUAGGGGCUUCCAGAUUUCACAGUCCUGCCCCCGUCGCCACUCACUGAUCGCCCUGGGACUUUUGUUGAUUUGUUUUUAUUUCUUUUGGAAGACAUGAUUUUUUUAAUGUGUGGAGGUCAGUGCACGGCCGGUCAACACAUAGUGUUCACAGAGUGAGGUCCCAGCCAGUGGCAUGAUUAACAUGACAACGGUGGCUUCUCAGUCUGUUGCAGUCUUCUUCCGCCUUCACAGCCAUUGUAACAUAUACUAUGUUAUCCUCCGCCUGCUCCGCCGUUGAGGUCUUAGGGUCUUCGGAUUGUUCUUGGUCUGGAUCCUCCCCUGUGGCCCUUCCUGGGAGUGCAUGACUCCAGUGGUUGUGCCCGCAGGUUCAUUGGAACACGCAAGGCCCCUCACCACGGCAAGGUGACAAUCCAUCAAGGGAGAUCAUCAGAGUACAGUAAAUCAAAAGUAAUUGUAAGAGGGUGGGUGCAAAUAGGUGUAUCUGAUGUUAUUCAUGAAGUGAUGGCUAUUUACAACUGCUUUAGGACAAUGACCAAAUAAUGCAUGUGAAAAAAAUAAAUAUAUUGUAAUUAAAUAUGUGUAAAAAUAGUUAAAGAAAUGUAUGUAUCCCUGUGAUAAGCUUGCCAAAGGGUCUCCAUAGGUUGGAAAUAACUUGAAGGAUCACAACAACAAACAAACUGACAAUCUAGAAAGCAGAAUAUUGAAAUAAUAUGCCAUAUAAGUAAAAAGAUUAAUAGUUAUAGAAACAACUCUUCAUAGAGAACACUCAACCAAGCAUAUAAUGUGAUAACCCAGAGUGCAGGAAGAAAUCAAAACAUUUUUGACAGCUGGGAAAGUGACAAAAUAUGUCAGUAACGGCGGCAGCUGUUACUAUUCCUGGUUACAUUGCACAUAUGGCAUGUGGUUGGUGUUUUUAUCCAGAGCCUGUGCUGAUGCUGGAGCUUGCGGAAAGCUCACUGACAACUCCCAGGGAGUGUCCUCCUGUCCCAGCCUUAUGUUACUCUGCCAGGGCUUGUACAAAGGGGAAGACUCACAGAUCACAGUUCUGGAAUGCCUCUCAUUUGACUCAUAUGGCAUGAUGAAUGAAAGUGCAUAAUCCCAUGUCUCUCUUCUGAGUCUGCUUUCUUUGCGUGUGGCUUUUUGUCUCACUAGAAUUGCACAAGUGAAACCUACAUACAAUUCCCUGGUUCCAGCUGGGAAUGGGUAAAGAAGGGUGGCCAGGCUUUAUAGCCACCUCAGAUACAAAAGUCAGACUUGUUUCUCCAGAACUACUCUGUGAGAUUUGUCUUCCUGCUUGGACAUCCAGGAAAAACCGAAAGGUCUCUGAGACUUCAUCCUGCUUCCUUAUUGACCUAAUAGCCGGUCCUUUCUUCAGGAGUCAUGCUACAUGUUUUGGAGUAAAAAGAUCUGUUUCAUUUUUUAGUGUCUGCAAGUAAUGACUUAUUUUAUGUGAUUCUACUUUAAUUAUUAUUUAAUUAUAAGAUUUAUUUUCAAACCUUUCUUAUCUGUAUUAUAAAUUGAGAUGAAGAGUAACUCACUUACUUUGCAUCCAAAAGACUCCAAAUUCAACUCCUGCAAUUUCUAGAUAAAGCUGGAAAAUUACUGUAGUCCAAACUCUGUCAAAAAGCUGGGGCCAAUCUCCGUAGACAAUACCGACUUACGGUCUAUUUCAAUAAAAGGCAGUAUCUUACAUUUCUUAAUAUAAGAACAGAAAUGUCAUCAGAUCAUGUCUGUAGGACUCAAAUAUUAAGAUUUAUAAGAAUUUCACAUUUUUAUUUACAGUUAUUGGUUCAUGUUAUAUUCAGGACAAUAAGAGAACUUCAUCCCAUUUUAUUUUACGCCUGUGUCAGUUUUAUUAGAAUUGUUUCUACUUUAAUACUGUACUUUUCUAUUCAGAUUUAAAGAGGGAGAAUGAAGCCUGCACUUCCCAGAAGAGGGCGUUCUCAUCCUUGCUGCCAUUCCAGAUAUCGGUUUAGGAUUUGUGUGUAUGCUCAAUUGAAGCACUAGCUCAUUGGUGUUUGCAACUACACUAAAGUAGAUAUGAUGAAUAUGACAGUCUGCUUUAUAGUUAAUACCGUUCCAUAGGAUAUUCUGGCAGCUGCUAUUGAAGAUUUUGUGGCAGAAUCAGGAGUUAAAAAUAGUACUUUUAAGCCAUGUGGAAUGAGGAAUACCAUCUGUCUCUAAACCGUAGUGGUUGGAGUGUUUCAACCAAAAUAGCCAACCAGGACUCUGUAUAUGUGGCACAAUUCAGCAAUAACAUGUCAAGCUUUUCCAGACUUUUCUAAGAGCAAUAUCUUAAUUAUAUUUGAGAAAUCAUAAUUUUAUUAAUGUUAAGAUUUGGCAAAGAGAUAGAAUUUUUGAAUCUAAGCUAUAUGUUUAAACAAUCAGUGUUGCAUGUAGAAAAACAGUUUGAACAUUUGCAUGUGGGAGGAACAUUUAGACUCUUGUAUUUAUUUGUUUACUUUAUUUAUACCCUACCUUCCCUCCCAAGGAGACUCAAGACGGCUAUAUAUGAAUAGCUUAUAUGUGGCAAAAUCAUUUAUGUUAAAGAAAAGUCCAUCUGCAAUCCAUGAAAGGAGGCCAAGUGACAAAAAGUGCAUAUAGCAAAAGGGAAAAAAGUCUGGUUCAAUCACCUUUUUGAAGGUUGGAUUUCUGGAAUGAGAUCUUUGAAACCUUUUACAUAUCCAGUGCCAGAGACAAGAUUUCUUCAUGCUGGAGUAAAUGUGUAUAAAUUUAAGAUCAGAUAUGGUAACACAAUUAGUAUUAAUAACAACCUUCCUGAAAGUGUUGUCAAUGAAGAACUGCAGAAUGCCAUUCGAGUAAUAUUGGGAAAUAUUGAUAAUUUGUGCCCAUUUACCACUGAACACUUCACCAUAUUUCCAUAUUUAAACACAUGGGAAAAGGUGUCAGAUUUGAGAUUCAUGUAUGGCGAUAUAUUUCUUAUUCCUUAUCCAUUCGUCUGCACUAUCUAUGUUGAAUUAAAUUCAUGGAAACAAAAUGCAUUUGGAGAUAAAGCAGAAUACAGCAACGCAUAUAAUUGUGCCAACAUGUAUGGACCGAGAGAGCAUAUGAACAGAGAAAGAGCUGUUAAUCGGAGGAGACUGGAGAAUACAGUUGGAGUUUCACAAAUGCAACUCUAUGCAGAGAGAAACAUGUUGACAAAUGCAGCCCAUGUUAACAAGUCAAUCAAGACACGAAUUCAAGAAGACACGAUUGAUCCAAAACAGAACAGGCAGUAUUGUGAUUCUGCAAAUGUCGAUAAUGGUUAUGACAACAGAGGUUUGUGGGAAUGCAAGGGAUAUAUGAAAACUAAAAAGGCAGAAAACAGGCAGCGAGAAGAGCAAGAACCAAUCUUACAAAACGGAUCACAAGGAAACCCAGUGUUAAAAAAGGCAGGCUUUUUAGAGUUAUUGAAAAGUCUUUUUUCAGCAUUACUACAGCGCAUUUUUAGUGGAAUCCGUGAAGUCUUCUGAGGCACUGUCACUGAAAAUAUAUGGCAUAUCUUUACAAUGUUUCAUUAAACUGAUUUAAAUUAAUCCAGUUAUUUCAGAAUUUGAAGGUGCAUAAAGAUAUUAUAUAUACCUUUUGUGGUAUUGGAUUGUACUUGUUUUCAUUUUCUUUUUAACUGACAAAGAUUAAAUUAUACUUGAAUUAUUUUAAAAGCAUAUUCUGAUAUAUAUUGUCAUUAUUUAAAUUGUGAAAAAUAGUAUUUAAUCCAUACGUUUUUAGAAGAAGCUAAGUUAGCUUUUAAAUGAAGUUCUGUGCAUGAUCACAUUCAAAUAAAGUAUUUACU